GCCAGAGCGAGGCGGUGAGCGGAGCUGGUCGCGUGAGGCGCAGCGGCUACACUUGAGGUGUAACUGGUAGCGGCGGCCGGCCAAGAGCAAAGGAGCUAGUGCUAUCUCCUGAGCUUGUGAGCGCGGUCACCAUGGACCGCCCGGAUGAGGGGCCUCCGGCCAAGACCCGCCGCCUCAGCGGCUCGGAGCCCCCUCAGCGCGAUCCGCCGCCGCCGCCUCCCCCGCCGCCGCCACCGCCGCUCCUGCGACUGCCUCUCCCUCCACCCCAGCAGCGCCCGAGGCUCCGCGAGGAAACCGAGGCGGCACAGGUGCUGGCUGAUAUGAGGAGGGUGGGACUGGGCCCCGCGCUGCCCCCACCGCCACCCUAUGUCAUUCUUGAGGAGGGGGGGAUCCGCGCGUACUUCACCCUGGGUGCUGGUGGUCCCGGCUGGGAUCCUGCGAUCGAGUCAGGGUAUGGGGAGUCGCCCCCUCCCACAGGGAGCCUGGAAACACUCCCCCCUUCCGAAGCCUCUGGGGGGAGCCUGGAAAUUGACUUUCAGGUUGCAGAGCCCAGCAGCCUUGCAGGAGAGAAGGCCCUAGAAACCUGUAGCUCAGGGGGGUGGGGGCCCCAGAUGUUAGUCGGUCCAAAGAGGAAGGAGGAGGCUGUCAUCAUAGUGGAAGAUGAGGAUGAGGAUGAAAAGGAAAGUGUGAGGAGGAGGAGGAGGCGGCGGCGGCGGCGGAGGAAGCAGAGGAAGGUGAAGGAAAGCAAAGAGAGAAAUGCUGAGAGGAUGGAAAGCAUCCUGCAGGCACUGGAGAGCAUUCAAAUGGACCUGGAGGCAGUGAACAUCAAGGCAGGCAAGGCCUUCCUGCGUCUCAAGCGCAAGUUCAUCCAGAUGCGAAGACCCUUCCUGGAGCGCAGAGACCUGAUCAUUCAGCACAUCCCAGGCUUCUGGGUCAAAGCAUUCCUCAACCACCCCAGAAUUUCAAUCUUGAUCAACCAACGAGAUGAAGACAUUUUCCGCUACUUGACCAAUCUUCAGGUACAGGAUCUCAGACAUAUCUCCAUGGGCUACAAAAUGAAGCUAUACUUCCAGACAAACCCUUACUUUACAAACAUGGUGAUCGUCAAGGAGUUCCAGCGCAACCGCUCGGGUAAGUCGUGGUCCCAAGGUAAAUCCCCUGUCUGUCCUUAUCCAGUCCUGUUUCUAUGGCCUCCUCUUCCCAUAGGCCGGCUGGUGUCUCACUCCACCCCUAUUCGCUGGCACCGGGGCCAGGAACCCCAGGCCCACAAUCGCAGGAACCAGGACACCAGCCACAGCUUCUUCAGCUGGUUCUCAAACCACAGCCUCCCAGAAGCUGACAGAAUUGCUGAGAUUAUCAAGAAUGACCUGUGGGUUAACCCUCUACGCUACUACAUGAGAGAAGGGGGCUACAGGGCAAACAGAAAGAAGCAAGAAGAGAAGGAAAGUAAAGCCAAGGAUGAAUUUGAGAUGGUGAUCAUGGAAGACGCUAAUGACUAUUAUGCCAUGGGAGACGUUCUCAGCGAGAUCUCAGACAUUGAUGAGACCACUGACAAUGACACUAUUCAUGACAUCAAGAUUUCUGACUUCAUGGAAACCACCGACUACUUCGAGACCACUGACAAUGAGAUAACUGACAUCAAUGAGAGCCUGUGUGACAGUGAGAGCCCUAACCACAUUGAGAACCCCAACAAUGAGAUCGCUGACAGUAGCGAGAGUGCUGAUGAUGAGACCACUUACAACGAGAGUACUGAUGACAAUGAGAGCACUGACGACAAAAAUGAGAAUCCUGAAAACAAUGAGAAUCCCAACAAGAGUGUUGAUAGUGACAACAAGAACCUGGACAGUGACAACCGAGGCAUCAGUGGCAACUUUGCCAUCAGUGCCAACAACCAGGACAGCAGUGAUAGUGACAACGGAGAUGAGGGCAGUGAUGAUGAAGACAAUGAUGGCAAUGAAGGUGACAAUGAGGGUAGUGAUGAUGAUGGCAACGAGGGUGACAAUGAGGGAAGUGAUGAUGACGACAGAGACAUUGACUACUACAAGAAUGAUAUUAACAUCUUUGACAAGGAUCAGGAUAACAGCUCCAACCAGGAUGACUACGAGGAUGAGGUAGAGAUCAUCUCUGAAGACUCAGUGGAAGAAGAAGAGGAGGAGGGCAGUGAGGAAGGCAGUGAGCAAAGCGAAGACAGCUAUGAGGAGGAAAGAAGCUACGUGGAGGAAGGAAGUGAAAUCGAUUCAGAAGAUUCUGACAUUGAGGAGGUGCUUCAAGUCCCAAACGCUUGGGCCAACCCGGGGAAGAGGGGGAAAACCGGAUAAACAUCUUACCCUUUUGGGGGGUCUCUUCUCUGUAUCCCCCUCCCCCUGUCCCGUUUCCCACCCCCUCAGCUAGGGCCACGCGGCUCCACAUUGCACUUCUGGGGGGUGACCGACUUCGUACACGGGUUUAAAGUUUAUUUUUAUGGUUUAGUAAUUGCAGAGUUCUUAUUUUGGGAGGGGGGAAGGGAGAUUCUCCCCCUUUUUGGCCCUCCUCCUCCCGCAGGCUUCUGUGUGCUGCUAAACGUAUUUAUUGUGAUGCCUUGGUCAGGGCCCCUCUAGCCCCCUUCUCCUUGUUAGUGUUGGCCCCAGCCCCUCUUCCUGUGGAGUGGACACCCUGAUCCCAAAGCGGAGAGGGUCCUUGUGGCCUUCAUCGCAGCUGUGCAGUAGCCUUGAAGGCUCUGUUGCCACCCUGUUCUACCAAGUCUCUCUCUUUCCAUCCUUUUCUUCUUCCCUCCCCCCUCACCGUGCCGCUAGCCCGCCUAGGUGUCUAUGCAAGGCCGCUUUGCCAUUGCGGUAUUCCUGUCCCCGCUCCCCCAGAAGUCCCGCCUCUUUUCCCUGUGAACCCUGAUGAUCCUAAUAAAACUGAGCAAAUUCAAA